CUGUCUGAGACCCAGUCCCUGGGAAGCGCAGAUCCUCACUGAACGUCCACACAGUGAAUGAGAACUGUUGUUUCCGCACCCCGUCUCUCUGUCUUUCUCUCUGUAGUUAACAACAGACCUUUCAAAGCAGCGCUCCCCCACUGCCUCCUGCCCCUUCAGUUCCUCAACAUCCCGCGAUUCUCAGCCGCAGGUAUUGAUUGAACUCUUCUAGAAUGAGGGCUCAGAAAGUGCCCUUGGACUUCGGUGGAGUGGAAGCAAGGAGAACCUCCCCUUGUAGACUUUUAGCGGCCAUUCUAAUCGGUUUUGUUGUAUUUCAAAAUAAUGAAGCUAUAGAAGUUCACAUUGGAAAAUUGCCAACGAUUGUGGCACUGAAUGGCUCUGAUGUCGAGUUACCCUGUACCUUCUCUAGUUGCAUGGACUUCAAAAACUCCGACUUCUGGUGGACAUUCCGGAAAAACAAAACAAGUGAAGAAACGAAAAUUAUUCAUAUUAAACUGAAAGAUAAGAGACCCCAAAUCUUUCCAUCAGAGGAGUAUGACAGAGUUACAUUUAUUGGGAAUAUUAAAGAGAAGAAUAUUUCCCUUUUGCUUGCAGACGUGGAUUUUGAGGACAAUGGAUUUUAUACUUGUCACUUCAAAAACCCACAGGAAAUGAAUAAAGAGGCUAAUGCAUCUCUUGAACUAAGUGUUGUCAGUGAACUGGUAGAAGUGGACAACACAGUGACAGUGAUCAUCCUGUCUGUAAUCGGAGGGUUGAUAGGAUUCAUCAUUCUAAUAUUUAUUAUUAAAAAGCUUGUAAUGUUUAUAAUUAAGCGAGUUGGAAAGAAGAAGAAGGAGUGCCUGGUAAACUCCUGUGCCAACACUGAACGUGGACAUUAUGGUUCCAAAACCGACCUCAAAACCCCACCAAAGGCUUGAAGAUUGCACCGAUUUUAGCAUCAGUGCUUAAAGACAUGUGACGUGCCUAUAAAAACACUAACGGGUACACACAAUUUGUAAGGUAACCCGAUUACAGAAUGGGGAGGGGAGGGCAUGAAUUGUGCACUGAUUGCGCGGGAGAGUUGGGCCAUCAGUCUGAGGCAUCACAGUUAUGGACAUGACUUCAUUCCUGACUGCCCCACUCACAUGUACUGCCUACCUCUCCCUUCCCUAAUCCUCAGCACCAUCAUAUCAAGCUCGGAGACGCUAUGGCAUGCAACUUCAUCUACCUUGCUGCAUGUAAUUCAAUUCAUACAGGGAUUUACACCAGCUGUGUAGCACCAGACUUGUGCCGCAUGUUGCCUUUUACAGCAGGGUCUUACUGUCCUCUUGAACUCCUUCCUUUUGAUUUGGUUGUGCCCCUCAAGAACAAUUGGCUCUCCUGCAUAUCAGCUUCAGUCAAUAACUGGUUAAACCACACUGGGACAUCUCUCAUGGCUAACUUGUAAUCAUGCUGGGCAGUCCGAGAGCUUGCUGAGAAUCUUAAGUCACUGUUUCGGAACCCAAGAUUUUCCUUUGUCAUAUGCCAUUGGAAAGAUCUUGAGAAAUGUUGUCUGUUGCAGGGACAUGUUUAGCUAAACCAGGAAUACGAUUAAAUGGGCAAGUAUGUUUAAGUUUGUUUGAUGGCAGCUUUUGUAGUGUAACAUUCUAAAGAAGUGCCAUUCUGGACGCAAAAUGUUAACUCUGUUUCUAUCUCAAUGGAUACUGCCAGACCUGCUGAGUUUCUCUAUCAUUCUCUCUUUUGCUUCAGAUUCCCUGCUUAUUUUAUAGGCAGUAAAUUUGUGUUCAGCAAACUAGAUUAAACUAACUAGCCAGUGAGAGUGACAGCUGCUCCUAAAAGCACAGGAAUAAUUCCUACUGGGAGGUAGUGCUAUCAGGGACAUCUCUGAGAGAUUUCCAGUUUCCACAGCGUUUAUAUGGGUCCACUUUGGGAAGGUCCACUUAUAGACUGAAGCAUGAUUCUCCGCAUGUAGAUUGGGACAACAGCCAGAGAAAUCAUUUGUGUCUUACUCACCAGAAACCUCAUUUUCUGGUCAACACACAUAAACUGAGAGAAAAAUGUAGCAAAAGAGGGUAGAAGCAAAGAAAGCUUUAAGGAGCAGAAGGCCAUUCAGCCCAUCUUGACCAUUUGGACAGAAAUAAGCUCCCGCAUCUUAUCCCACCUCCCAGCUUUUAGUCUGUUGCUCUGUCAAUUCCAACAGUCAAGAGACAGUCCAAACUUUCUUUAAAUAUGAUUUUUGUUUCAAUCAAUUUUUUGGGUGGUGAGUUCCAGAUUAUUACAGCCCUCUGGUGCAAAGUCUCAUUCUCAACAUGCCUCUAAUUUAGUUAGACCUUCCAUCCAUUGUAAGGUCAGAAGUGGAGAUGUUCACCAAUGAUUGCACAACACCCCACACCAUUUGUGACUCCUCAGAUACUGAAGCAGUCGGCUUUCAAAUGCAACAAAAUCUGGACAAUAUCCAGGCUUGAACUGACAAGUGGCAAGUUACAUUCAUGCUACACAAAUGGCAGGCAGUGACUCUGUUCAAUAAUAAAUAAUCUAUCCACUGCCCAUUGACAAUAAAUGAUGUAAGCAUCACUGAAUCCUCCUGCAUCAUCAUCCUGGAGGUUAUCUUGACCUGAAACUCAACCGGACUCACCAUAUAAACACAGUGGCUACAAGAGCAGGUCAGAGGCUAGGAAUUCUGCAGUGAGUAACUCCUGACUCCCAAAAGCCUGUCCGCCAUUUACAAGGCACAAGUCAGGAGUAUGAUGGAAUACUCCCCACUUGCCUGGAAGGGUGCAUCUCCAACAGCACUAAGAAGCUUGACACUGUCCAGGACAAAGCAGCCACUUGAUUGGCCCCGAAUCCACAAGCACCCACUCUCACCGCCACCGACGCUCAGUAACAGCAGUGUGUACUAUCUGCAAGAUGCACUGCAGAAAUUCACCAAAGAUCCUCAGACAGCACUUUCUAAACCCAUGACCACUUCCAACUAAAAGGACAAGGGCAGAAGAUACAUGGGAAUGUCAUCACUUGCAAGUUUGCUUCUGAGCCACUCAGCACCCUGACUUGGAAAUGUAUCAAUGUUCCUUCACUGUUGCUGAGUCAAAAUCCUGGAAUUCCCUCCCAAAGGGCAUUGUCGGUCAACCUACGGCACUUGGACUACAGCAGUUAAUGAAGGUAGCUCAUCACCACCUUCUCAAUGGCAAUUAGGGAUGGGCAAUAAUUGCUGGCCAGCCAGCAAUGCCCACAUCCCAUGAAUGAAUAAAAAAUGUUUAUACAAAACGCUCCCAGUUAUUCAACUCUGUGGUUGGUUGGCUCGCCAAGCUGAUACCCAGCAGGGUAAUGAAAUGUCUGUGGAAAAACAACAGCUUUGCACGCCAACCAAUGACAAGAUCCACAACCCAAGCUACAAAUCUACUCUGAGAUCUCUGUAAUACCUUGGUGUGUGUGUUGAAAAUGCCCAGUACGUUGGCAUAGCUUCCACUCACACUUUAGUCACAAGGCUACAUCAUCAGCAUGGCCAUGAGAAGAGGCCAUUCAGCCCUCUGUUCUCUCUCUGCCACACAAUUAGCUAGUGGUUGAUUUGUAGCUGUAAUUCAAUCUGACCACCUUUGCUUCAUGUGAGUUUGCUCACUGAGCUGGAAGGCUAGUUU